AUGCUCGAAUCAUCGCGUAUUGUGCGCUACUGCCUUUAUGGUGCAAGUGCAAUUGUGCUUUCCGAAAUUGCCUAUCACUCAUAUUUCUGGCUGAAAAAUCACAUGAGCAAAUUGUCAACAUCCAAAGAAAUCUGUGAGGUCAUUUGGACCAAUGAGUUGACACAAUCGUGCGUUAGUCAACAUCGUCGUUUUACCACAGCUUCGAGUUCCGGUACGGUUUCAGCCUCCGGUUCGCCCACAAUGUCCGAAUUGAAUCGUAUCGUAAAGCUACCAUCGCCCAAGAAGUCGCACGCGGAUUGUUCGAAUCCAUUUUGUGCCGCCUAUAAUGUCGGUCGUCUAUUGGAAUUUAUCGAUUCGGCUAAAUAUUCGUUGGAUUUAGCCAUGUACACGUUUACGUCGUACGAUUUGGCACAGGCCUUUAAUCGCGCCCUAAAACGUGGUGUCCUCAUUCGUAUAAUAUCGGAUCACGAAAUGGCCUACUCGAGUGGCUCACAAAUUAUUCCACUAACAAAAGCAGGCGUUCCUGUGCGCUGCAACAGCAACACCAUGUUCAUGCAUCACAAAUUCUGCAUUAUCGAUUCGCCGCAACGCAACGAUGCCAUUUUCAAAAAGCUCAACAAAACCACAAAACGUUGCCACACGCGUGGUCUGGUUCUGACCGGUUCUUUGAACUGGACCAUGCAGGGUUUCGGCGGCAAUUGGGAGAAUAUUUUAAUUACCUCCAAUGCCGAAUAUGUACGCAGUUAUGCCGAGGAAUUUGAACGUAUGUGGAAUGCAUUCGAUUUUGAUUCGAUGAAACCGGCAGCGGCCUCGGCAACAACAGCUGCAGCGUCAGCAACAGCAACAACAGUAACGCCAAAGUAA